UUUUUUUUCUCCAUUUUUAAAGGUUCUCAGGAUGUCCUGCCAUGUCUAUUUAAUCAAAACAAAUUGUGUUUGUAGAAUCUUAAAGUGGGAAAUGAGGGUUUUGAGACUACUCUUUGUUUUCUCUGUGAAAUGCUUUUUCUCACUUGCUAUGAAUCAUUGUCUUAUAACUCUCUCCACUGCUACUACUGCUGCUGCUAGCUUCGAUGGAAAUAAGACGGAUCAUCUUGCCUUGUUAGCUUUCAGGGCAAUGAUUACAGAUGACCCUCAAAGUGCUUUAAGAUCGUGGAAUGAUUCCAUACAUUUCUGCAACUGGGAAGGUGUCACAUGUGGUCUUAAGCACAGAAGAGUUACCAUUCUAGACCUUCAAUCCAGAGGCUUGGUAGGUUCUCUGUCUCCUUAUAUAGGAAACAUGAGUUUCCUUAGAGAGCUCAGACUACAAAACAACUCCCUGCGAGGUGAAAUCUCACCUGAAAUUGGCCGAUUGUUUAGGCUACAAUUUUUACAUCUGGGCAACAACUCCUUCGAAGGGGAAAUACCAUCCAAUUUGUCCUACUGCUCAAACCUUGAGAUCCUUCGGGUAUCAUACAACAAACUAGUAGGAAAUAUUCCAGUGGAGCUUGGCACUUUGUCCAAGCUCAGGAGAUUCUCCAUUCAGGAUAAUUGUUUGAGUGGAAGUAUACCACCUUCCAUGGGGAACCUUACCUCACUGGAAGCCUUAUCUGCCCGUGAAAAUUUCUUCAGUAGAACUAUUCCAGAAUCUCUAGGGCAACUCAAGUCCUUGUCAAUGCUUGCAGUUGCUACGAAUAAACUCUCAGGUAUCAUUCCUCCAGCCAUUUAUAAUAUUUCAUCCAUCAAUGUGAUCUCUGUGAAUGAAAAUCAAUUUCAUGGAACUCUUCCAUCAGAUAUUGGCUUCCUCUUGCCUCAUCUUCAACACUUUCAAAUAUGGGGAAACCACUUUAGUGGAUCGAUUCCUGCAUCAUUAUCCAAUGCCUCAGAACUUGAAUACAUAGACUUACAAAGAAAUGAUUUCACUGGAAAAGUUGCUGUUCAUUUUGGAGCCUUAAGGGGACUUUUUUAUUUAUCUCUGUAUGGAAACCGUCUUGACAGCAAGGGAGGUGAUGAUUUGGAUUUUAUCACUUCUUUGCUAAACUGCAGCAAUUUGGCCAUGCUUGACAUAUCCCAAAAUCGAUUUGAGGGAGUGUUGCCCAAUUCUGUGGCCAAUCUAUCUUCAUCACUGCAACGGCUAUCAAUUGGGAAAAAUCGAAUAUAUGGAGGCAUCCCUCCAUGGUUCUCAACUCUUGAUAGGUUAUCGGUGAUGGAUAUAGAAGAGACUCAAAUCACAGGCACUAUUCCCAUGGAAUUUGGUAAGCUUCAAAAACUGCAACAAAUUUUUCUUGGGCACAAUAGACUAUCCGGAAAGAUUCCUUCAUCCUUGGGAAACUUAUCGUCAUUGACCCUACUUCAUUUGCAAGGUAACAAACUGCAAGGUACCAUUCCUUCUAGCCUUGGAAAUUGCCAAAACUUGCUGUUCAUCGACCUUUCUCAAAACAAUCUCAAUGGCUCCAUAUCCAACCAACUUUUUGCCAUCCCUAAUAUGCUAGUUUCAAUAGAUUUUUCUCAAAAUCAUUUGGUUGGAUCUCUUCCUUCUCAAAUUGGAAAUUUACUUCAUUUAAAUAAAUUGGUUAUUUUCCAAAACAACUUGUCUGGCAGUAUUCCGUAUGACCUUGGAAAGUGUAAUAGCCUUGAAUAUCUUGUCAUGGAUGAUAACAAUUUUCAAGGUACCAUACCCACAUCAUUUGAAUCCUUAAAAGGUCUUAGACGUUUAGAUUUGUCUGCAAAUAAUUUAUCUGGCAAAAUUCCAGAGUACUUUGUGAACUUUAAGUUAGAAUAUCUGAAUUUGUCUUUCAAUAAUUUGGAGGGUGAGGUUCCUAGCAAAGGUGUUUUUGUAAAUGCAAGUGCAAUAUCAAUUGAAGGUAACAAUAGGCUUUGUGGGGAUAUGCCAGAACUCAAACUGCCAAGAUGCAUCAGUCAUGUAUCAAAGCGAAGCAAGUUACAUCUUGUUAAUAUAAUUGCAAUAGUAAUGUCAUGUGUUUUGGUUGUGACCAUCAUUUCAGCCUUCUUGUAUUACUGGCUCAGACAUAAGAAAAAAGAGGAAUCUCCUAGUUCCUCCCUAGAAAAGUCAUUGCAGCAAUUUUCAUAUGGAAGGAUUUUCAAGGCUACUAAUGGGUUCUCUUUGGACAAUUUGAUUGGUGUGGGAAGCUUUGGCUCUGUCUACAAAGGCACUCUUGAUGAGGAAGGAGCAAUUCUUGCAAUAAAAGUACUCAACCUUCAACAACCAGGGGCUUCAAAGAGUUUUAUGGCCGAGUGUGAAGCCUUAAAAAAUGUUCGUCAUCGAAAUCUUUUGAAGAUCAUAUCUUCUUGUUCAAGUAUUGAUUUUCAAGGAAAUGAAUUUAAGGCACUUAUUUAUGAAUACAUGCCAAAUGGGAACCUAGAGAAGUGGUUGCAUCUAACUUCAAAAAUAGAUGUUAUGCCAAUUGAUGACCAUUACAGUCUAAGCCUUCUCCAAAGAAUAGACAUUGCCAUAGAUGUUGCCAAUGCACUAGAUUAUCUCCACUACCAUUGCCAUAAACCGAUUAUUCAUUGUGAUCUAAAGCCAAGCAAUAUUCUUCUUGAUGAAGACAUGGUUGCACAUGUUGGAGAUUUUGGAUUAGCAAAGUUUCUCCAUCAACCACUUGAGAGUAGCUCACUGGGAGUGAGAGGAACAAUCGGCUAUACAGCUCCAGAAUAUGGUCUAGGAACUGAGGUGUCAACAAGCGGAGAUGUCUAUAGUUAUGGGAUUUUAUUGCUGGAAAUGAUGACAAGAAAGAAACCCGCCAAUGAUAAUUUUGGGGAAGGUCAUAACCUUCAUAACUUUUGCAAAAUGGCAUUUCCUGAUCAAGUGUUAGAGAUUGUGGACCCAAUUCUUCCACAAGACGAUGAAGCUAGAGCAAAGAAUAAGCAAGGUUCCACCCAAUUAGCAAGAUUUGAUAACAGAAGUGAAUGUCUAAUUUCCAUGAUCAAGAUUGGAAUAGCAUGCUCCAUGGAAGCUCCUCAAGAUAGAAUGGGCAUAAGUGAUGCACUCAACAAGUUACAUUCAAUCAGAAAGAAUUACAUGCAAACUACUACAUAACGAAGCUCUUCAUGCAUCGAAGUGCCUCAAGUUUCACAACCUUUGCAAGUGGGACGACAAAAGCUUGCUUUAUGCUGUAACUCCAAAAGUAUAUAUAUAUAUAUAACUUGUAAUUAUGGCUUUUGUAAAUUAGAAUUAAAAUUGAAAAAUAAACUCUUCU